UCCAUUAACUUCAUUAUAGGCAAUAACCGAGAAAUUAAUACCGAAACGAUGUUAUUGCAAGAAUGUAAAGAGGAGUCCGCGUAUGAACAUUAGUCGAACGCAUCGGCGAAAGUUGCUUGGAUACGAGCGAAAUUUUCGCGAGCGAAUUCCAGGACGCCAUAAGUGUCAUGGGAUGCAUCGAGAGAUGAUUGCAGUGAAAAAAUCAAAAUUAACCGAAGAGAAGCGAAGCAUCGCUGCGAGAGAAGCCGAGCCAAACGAUGAUGACACAGAUGUGAAAGCAUGGGAUAACUGGAGUAAUUGGAGCACGUGCAGCGUGACUUGCGGGCAAGGACAACAAGUUCGUUGGCGUCAUUGCUCGUCUAAAGAGUGUGUCAAAGGUCUCAAGAUGGCACAAUUAAAACGUUGUCGUCUCAAGAAUUGUACUAAAGGCUUCCUCGGUUGGCUCGGGAUAAAGUCUCGAUCUAUAUAAUUAAUUAUGUAAUAAAAACGAGAUCAACAAGUCUUAUUUAUCUUGAAAUCAUUAAUCUUGAAUAAUAAAGAGAAUUAUUUCAAAUAAAUAAAGUAGAUAAAAAGCUUUUUACAUAAUAGAUUACGAUAUAAAGAGUGUGUAUUACUCUUUUUUUUCUAAAUAAACUUGAUUUGAGAAUAAUAUAUGUAUAUGAGAAAUGUUGGCGCUAAUCAAAUAAGUAAAUAUAUUAGUCUCUAUUUGCAAAGGAGAACGGAUGAGAAAUGUAUAUUGAUAUAUUUAAUAAAUCUACAAUGUAUAUUUGCGGAAAUUAAAUAUUGCGUAAUUGGAUGAUUUAAACAGACAAUGAGACAUUAUUAUUUCUCUCUUAUAUAAUCUUGUUACAACAGUAUAUACAACAGCAUAAUAGUCAUUUGUUGAAAACUCGAUUUAUUAUAUAUGCAGCACGAAUCAAAUAAAUUUUAACACAAUGAUGAAGCAAACUUCAGAGUACACCAAUCUCACAUACAAUAAAAUUAUUAAAAC